AUGACUGCAACAACGAGUGCCUCUCAAGCGAAGUUGAACGAGCUUCUGGACGGAAUUCGUCAUGAAUUUGGACAAAUUUCGCAGGAAGCCAACACUUACCGUUUGCAGAACCAAAAGGACUACGAUUUCAAGAUCAACCAGCAAUUGGCUGAAAUGCAACAGAUUAGAAACACAGUGUAUGAGCUGGAGCUAACGCAUCGCAAGAUGAAGGAUGCGUAUGAGGAAGAAAUCGGAAGAUUAAAGUUGGAACUAGACCAGAGAGAUCGACAGGUUGCAUCGCUUGCAGCAGCAGCUCAACAGCAGCAGGUGCAACAGGUGCAGCAGGUUCAGGUCCAACAACAACAACAUGCUCAGCAACGACAGCAACAACAGGCCCAGCAACAACAGCAACAGGCCCAGCAGCAGCAGCAGCAGCAGCAACAACAACAACAACAACAACAACAACAACGGCAACAACAACAACAGGCACAACAACAGGCACAACAACAGCAACAGGCACAGCAGGCACAACAGCAGCAGCUUCAGCAACAGCAGGCAGCUGCUACUUCCGUGCCAGCAUCGUCGAAACCAAUCCUAAACUCACAGGCCUCUCAAACUCCAUUGAUGGCCCCCGCUAAUUUAGCUCCGAACCCAACAGGUACUCCUUCGGCGGCCAGACCAACGCUGGAAAGCUCCCAAUCCGUCUCGGGAUCCACUCAGGCCCCGCAGAUGAAAAAACUUUCAUCUGUGGGUCAGCUUCCAGCCAAUAGCGUCCCAGGCAGCGUUCCUGCACCUUCCAUCAAAUCUGCUCCUGAUACACCUGCCACAGCGGCUCAACCGAUCCCUCAAAUCCAAGCUCCAGUCGCGGGAUCUGCGCCUCUUCCACAACCUCCUGCUGUGCCUACUGCGUCCGCCCCAACAAUCCAAAAUCCACCUACUAUUCCACCAGUAGUUAGCAAUGCAGCGGCCGGAACAGCAGCUCCUUUAUUUCCCGAGACCAAACCACAGGAGUACUAUUUGGUACCUCCCCAUCAACGUGGGUCUCACGCCAAACCAAUCCCACCCUUUUUACUCGACCUAGACUCCCAAUUGGUUCCUCAACAUUUGAAAAAGCAAACUGGCGAUUAUUAUAUACUGUACAACCCUGCUUUGCCCCGUGAGCUGGAUGUUGAUCUGCACGUUUCUCUCGACCACUCUUCAGUCGUUUGUUGUGUAAGGUUCAGCAACAGUGGUGAGUUUUUGGCUACAGGCUGCAACAAGACCACUCAAGUUUACAAAGUUUCGACCGGUGAGCUUGUGGCUAGGCUUUCCGAGGAAGCAGCUUCUAGCUCUUUUGGAGCUAAUGGCUCGUCCGAAAACCCAGAUUCUAAUGUGGCGGUUUCGACUGCUUCAUCGGAUCUGUACAUUAGAUCAGUCUGUUUCUCACCGGACGGCAAAUUCUUGGCUACAGGUGCUGAAGAUAAGCUAAUCCGCAUUUGGGAUUUGGCAACUAGAAGAAUUGUGAUGACUUUGCAAGGACACGAGCAGGAUAUUUACUCUUUGGAUUACUUUCCCUCUGGGGACAAAUUAGUUUCGGGUUCCGGUGAUAGAACGGUUAGAAUAUGGGAUCUACGCACUGGGCAAUGCUCUCUGACAUUAUCAAUCGAAGAUGGUGUUACAACUGUAGCAGUUUCACCAGGAGACGGUAAAUUCAUAGCUGCUGGCUCUCUAGAUAAGACUGUCCGUAUUUGGGACUCAGAGACAGGGUUUUUGGUCGAAAGGUUGGAUUCAGAAAACGAAUUGGGAACAGGCCACAAAGAUUCUGUUUAUAGUGUCGUUUUCACUCGUGAUGGUCAUGGUGUUGUGUCGGGAUCCCUGGAUAGAUCUGUCAAGCUCUGGAAUCUCAGAAGUGCAAACGGUACUGCCAACGACGUGAAGUCCAAUAAUGCGGCUAGUGAAGUGACUUAUACAGGUCACAAAGAUUUCGUUCUAUCUGUCGCAACAACGGAAAAUGACGAAUUUAUACUUUCAGGCUCAAAAGAUCGGGGUGUUCUCUUCUGGGAUACACCUUCUGGUAAUCCUUUGUUGAUGCUCCAGGGCCACAGAAACUCGGUUAUUUCGGUUGCGGUGGCUAAUGAUAACCCAUUAGGCCCAGAAUAUGGUGUGUUUGCUACAGGUAGCGGCGAUUGCAAGGCAAGAAUUUGGAAAUACACCAAGAGAAAGUCGGAAUCCGACCCCAAAAUUAGAGAAGUAAACGAAUAA